CUGUGUGAUCUUGCACACUGAUAUCUCGAUAUAUCUGCGCACUCGUACUGUCUGGUACCUUGCUCAUGUAUCACCUUAGGGUAGCAAAAAAUUACAGCAAAGAUCUAAUCACCAGGCGAAGUAUCAUAUUUCCUUUUAAUAUUUUCAUGCUUGUAAGGAAAUACCGGUAAAUGGCUGUCAAAGUGUAUCAGGAAAAACCAGUGAAAACCAUGCUAAGAUAGGUAAAUCCGGGAGAGGUAUAUACAUUUUCUUUAGGGAAAAACAAACCCAACACGAUGCCCAGAUGAGAGUCGCUAAUUGCGAGAUAUUUGCACGGAAUUCGGAAUCGAGGGGUGAACGUGAUUUUCAUCCGCCUACCGUAUACGACGCGACCAUCGCCGGCUUGCUGAGGCGGGGCGGCUAUACAUUUUCUUACCGCUUGGACAACUGGUCGAUCAGCCGCUGGUGAUUUCAACUUGGGGGAAAAUGAAGAAAUCUUUUUCCUCACAAUGGUUAAUGAACAGUCCUGCCGAGAGAGGCUGCCAAUACAAACCCACAGUGGUCGAGCAUGUAGCAAACUGCAUCACACAUGGGGUCUGGAUCCUCCCUACCUUCUAUGCAGGUAAUGACAUGAUGGAGGCUGCAUCAACGGCUGGAGAGAAGGCUAAUGCCGUGCUCUUCAGCAUGGCACUGCUCAGCGUAUUCAUAGUUUCAACCACCUUCCACGUGGUCGCUUGGUUUGGCAAACAAGCAACACUCAGGUUUUAUCUUCAUAUCAGUGACAAAGCUAUUAUUUAUCUCUUCAUUGCUGCUUCCUACACGCCAUGGCUGACGCUGAAGAAAGUUGGCAUGAUUGGGCAGAGUAUAUUCUGGUUGAUCUGGGUCUGUGCCAUACUCGGCGUCAUCUAUUCUUACUGCUUCUAUGAAAAAUACAAACACCUUGAGACUGCCCUCUAUCUUCUUCUUGGCAUCGGCCCUUCCGUGGCCGUUCUAGAUGUGCAAUGUUCCAAAGACGGGAUAUACGAGCUGGCACUGGGCGGGCUGGUUUACGUCCUGGGUGUCAUCUUCUUCAAGAGUGAUGGUGUCAUCCCUUUCGCCCACGCCAUCUGGCACCUGUUUGUAGCUGCAGGGGCGGGGCUUCACUUCUACGCUAUCCAUACGUACCUCAUGGGGUCCUCUGGUGGUGCAGAGGCAGGGGAAGACGUGACACAGCCAGUCCACUUCAUAGGUUCAUUCUGAAGAGAGGUGUGGGAAUUCCCCCCCCCCCCGACCUCAAUAUUAUUCUGGGCUUCAAAGAUAGACAUAUUUGAGGUUGUUUCUAUUCGUAGGCAGAUACCUGAAUGAUUUCAUGAUUUGGAAAUUGACCCUACGGUUUAACUUUGCUAAUACAGUGGUUUUUAACUUCAAUCUCAUUCUCUGAGGUCGUAUUUCAACCUGGUCCUCAUGUACGGGGAACAAGGUUGAUCACUGACCUGGUUUUCAUAUGUGCGAAAUGGCGCAACUCGCAUUUCUCAGGAUUACUGACCAAACUAGUUUAAGAGACAUACUUGAUUUCACUUAAUUUCAAUGGCAAUAUGCGAUCUGUUGAAAAGGAAUCUAUAUCAAAGAACUACCAUCACAAAAGUAACUGUAGGACAAGCAGAUAUUUCCGUCAGUGUGCAGGUACUUGGCUUGAUCAAUUUAAUUAAAUCCAUGGAACUGCAUAUGUAAUCACAAUGUUACCCCCCAGCCUAGAAAACGUGGAAACACUGGCUCUGUACUCUUUAGGAUUUUUGAAAAAAGGAAAAUGGACCGAAAAAUGCGUGAUUGUAGCUGUAACCAUUCAAGGUCAAACACAGACAUCAGGUAUCAACAGAAACAAAAUGUUAAGAAAUUUUUCUUGGAAAGAAGUUCCCCUUGGAAACUUUUUGCGAGUGAUUUCCAGUGAUUUCCUUUUCUAGUUGUCAACUAUUUCCAGCUGUAACCUAACCAAGGUCCAUCCCAAUGCAUGUUGGGAAUGAUAUAAUUUUGAUUUGAUGUUUCCAUGUGCAUGCAGCUUUGAAUUCUGUAUUCAAAGUGAGGUCUCCCCCCAUGUUUGGCUAGGUCAGUUUAGUUAUCUGGGAAAAGUAUCAGUCAGUGUCUUGUGAUAAUGAGAGCGAGUCACUUGUUUGAGUAAUUUAGCUUUUAGUAAGGGGGUCGAAGUCUUAUGGUCUGAUAGGGUCUGAGUCAUAAGCUGGUUAGAUCCCAAUGGGUGACUUGGAGGCACUAGUGGCAGCAGAUAUACUGGUCCUUUUCCACAGAAUUACGCACGCUCAGAACUAGGCAUGCAUGCUCAGAACUAGGCACACAUGCUCAGAACUAGGCGCGCAUGCUCAGAACUAGGCACGCAUGCUCAGAAC